CGAGCGGGCUGCUGCAGAGUUAAUGUACAGUACCACGGAGCCUGCAAGUGUCCUGCGCUGCUCAGAGCCGGGCGGCACAGCCCAGGGCAGACGAGGCGGCUGCGGCUACGGCGAUUCCAAAGGUUCUGCUGGAAAUUCAGCGCUGGGGGACCCCAGCAGGAGCCUGUUGCCAUUGUGUUUUAAAAGCAUGCAAGGUCUGUAUAGCUUGGGCAUGAGAAUCUUUCAGAAGAUGUCAGAGCAUCAGAGUAAAUGACACCUAUUGGGGACCUGAAUUGGGGGUGAGAGAGAGAGAAAAAAGAGAAGAGAAAGACAGCGGGGGGAAGAAAUUCUUAGACAACGUCUGACCUGCAGCUGUGAAAUUCAUUUUCUUUCCAAGGCAAAAUAUGAAAAGCCCACACAUGGUUUUGAUAACAACAAAUUAAAGGGAUUUCUGCAGUGAAAGGAUCAAUAGCUUAGUCAUUUUACUUAAAGAGAGCAGACAGCCUUAUUAUGGGGUUAGGCAGCAGAAAUGAAUUUCCUCAUGACAGCACCCUCUGAAGUCGUGAUGGUAGCUAAUGGUAAUCCUCUCCUGCAAGGCAGAAAUUGCUCGUUGCCUUCCGACUUUUGCAGUUGAAAACCAGAAAUUGUGAGAUUUUGGGAAGAAGUUGCCUUGGGCUUUACAUGGUUUCUAGCCCCUCUGCCCAGGUCUUUGUCCGACACGUCUCAGAAGGCAGCACUGCGUUAAAGUGACCACAUAUGAAUAUGUGCCUAAGAAAGAAGAAAAAGCAAUAUUCAUUUCUAAAGGACAGCAUGGCAAAGCAACCUGAAGUUUUCCAUUUCCCUUCUAACACUUCUUUAACGAGGAUAACAAGAAACUGUCUUUUGACUCCUCUUUUCCCACAUUCCAGAGUCCUUCCCACAAGGAUGCAUUAAUUUAUACUCUAAACAGUUGGAUUUUACCAGGACAAUAUUUGCACCAUUUAGGAUUAGUGAUUGAACUGGCGAUUUUAGUGUGUUGACUAACUAGUGGAACCUAAAUGGAUGGACCCAUACCUGCAGUGCUCUGUGAUGUUUCUUUCUUCAAAUCCUGGAAGGGCUUUUGUUGUUGCUAUUUGUUUUUGGGGAGGGAUUUUUUUGGAAUUCAGUACUUGUUGCAAUAAUUGCCCAUGAUAGCUGCUCAAAGAGGAGAGUUGGAAUUCAUCUGUGAAAAUCACUACAUGUAACAUAUGAGACAAGGAAAAUAUUAAUGACAGAAGAUCUGCAAACAUGAUGCACGUGAAUAAUUUCCCCUUUAGAAGGCAUUCCUGGAUAUGUUUCGAUGUGGACAAUGGCACAUCUUCGGGACGGAGUCCCUUGGAUCCCAUGACUAGCCCAGGAUCUGGGCUAAUUCUCCAAGCAAACUUUGUCCACAGUCAGCGCCGGGAGUCCUUCCUGUAUAGAUCCGACAGCGACUAUGACCUGUCUCCAAAGUCUAUGUCCCGGAACUCCUCCAUUGCCAGUGAUAUACACGGAGAUGACUUGAUUGUGACUCCAUUUGCUCAGGUCUUGGCCAGCCUACGAACUGUACGGAACAACUUUGCUGUAUUAACAAAUUUGCAAGAUCGAGCAUCUAACAAAAGAUCACCCAUGUGCAAUCAACCAUCCAUCAGCAAAGCCGCCAUAACAGAGGAGGCCUACCAGAAACUGGCCAGCGAGACCCUGGAGGAGCUGGACUGGUGUCUGGACCAGCUAGAGACCCUGCAGACCCGGCACUCUGUCAGUGAGAUGGCCUCCAACAAGUUUAAAAGGAUGCUUAAUCGGGAGCUCACCCAUCUCUCUGAAAUGAGUCGGUCUGGAAAUCAAGUGUCAGAGUACAUAUCAAACACAUUCUUAGAUAAGCAACAUGAAGUGGAAAUUCCUUCUCCAACUCAGAAGGAAAAGGAGAAAAAGAAAAGGCCGAUGUCUCAGAUCAGUGGGGUCAAGAAGCUGAUGCACAGCUCCAGUUUGACUAAUUCAAGCAUCCCAAGGUUUGGGGUUAAAACUGAGCAAGAAGACGUCCUUGCUAAGGAACUAGAAGAUGUAAACAAAUGGGGUCUUCAUGUUUUCAGAAUAGCAGAGCUGUCUGGUAACCGGCCUUUGACUGUUAUCAUGCACACCAUUUUUCAGGAACGGGAUUUAUUAAAAACAUUUAAAAUUCCAGUGGACACUUUAAUUACGUACCUUAUGACUCUGGAAGACCAUUACCAUGCUGACGUGGCCUACCACAACAACAUCCAUGCUGCAGAUGUUGUCCAGUCUACACAUGUGCUGUUAUCUACACCUGCUUUGGAGGCUGUGUUUACAGAUUUGGAGAUUCUUGCAGCAAUUUUUGCUAGUGCAAUACAUGAUGUAGAUCAUCCUGGUGUGUCAAAUCAGUUUCUGAUCAAUACAAACUCUGAACUUGCCUUGAUGUACAAUGACUCUUCUGUCUUGGAGAACCAUCACUUGGCUGUGGGCUUUAAGUUGCUUCAGGAAGAAAACUGUGACAUUUUCCAGAAUUUGACCAAAAAGCAAAGACAAUCAUUAAGGAAAAUGGUCAUUGACAUCGUACUUGCAACUGAUAUGUCAAAACAUAUGAAUCUACUGGCUGAUUUGAAAACUAUGGUUGAAACUAAGAAAGUGACAAGUUCUGGAGUUCUUCUUCUCGAUAAUUAUUCUGAUAGGAUUCAGGUCCUUCAGAACAUGGUGCAUUGUGCAGACCUGAGCAACCCCACAAAGCCUCUCCAGCUGUACCGCCAGUGGACCGACCGCAUCAUGGAGGAGUUCUUCCGCCAAGGAGAUCGAGAGAGGGAGCGGGGCAUGGAGAUAAGUCCCAUGUGUGACAAGCACAAUGCCUCUGUAGAAAAAUCACAGGUGGGCUUCAUAGACUAUAUUGUUCACCCUCUUUGGGAGACAUGGGCAGACCUUGUACAUCCUGACGCCCAGGACAUUUUGGACACUUUGGAGGACAAUCGUGAAUGGUACCAGAGCACAAUUCCUCAGAGCCCCUCCCCAGCGCCUGAUGACCAGGAGGAGGGCCGGCAGGGUCAAACCGAAAAGUUCCAGUUUGAACUAACUUUAGAGGAAGAUGGCGAGUCAGACACGGAAAAGGACAGUGGAAGUCAGGUGGAAGAAGACACAAGCUGCAGUGACUCCAAGACUCUCUGUACUCAAGACUCGGAGUCCACAGAAAUUCCACUUGAUGAACAGGUGGAAGAGGAGGCGGUGGGAGAAGAGGAGGAAAGCCAGCCAGAAGCCUGUGUGAUAGAAGAUUGUUCUCCUGACACGUAACAGUGCAAAGACAUUCACGCGCUCUCUUUUUUUUUUUUUUAAGUAGAAAAUUGUUUCCAAAGUGCAUGUCACAUGCCACAACCAUGGUCACACCUCACUGUCAUCUGCCAGGACGUUUGUUGAACAAAACUGACCUUGACUACUCAGUCUGGCGCUCAGGAAUAUCGUAACCAGUUUUUCACCUCCAUGACAUCGGAGCAAAGAGGACAUCUUUACGCACAGCAUUUUAACAAGAUUUCAGCUUGGUUGAGCUGAUGAAGCAGAGAAAAUCAACUCCAAAGUAUUUUCAAGGGAGUGUGGCUCAUCAGGCAGCCCAAAAAGUUGAUGUGAUUUGGGAUACCUUUUUAUUUGUUUGCAAUAUUUUCAGCAGAAAGAAGGCAUUACAUAGACACCGUGAACUAAUGAAUGAAAUGACACAAUGGGUCAGGAACAGGACACAGAGCGAAUCUGUUACCAUAGGCAGAGGAUGAGCCACAGAAAUUGCAUCAUUUUCUAAUUUCAAGUCUUCCUGAUACAUGACUGAAUAGUGUGGUUCAGUGAGCUGCACUGACCUCUACAUUUUGUAUGAUAUGUAAAACAGAUUUUUUGUAGAGCUUACUUUUAUUAUUAAAUGUACUGAGGUAUUAUAUUUAAAAACCUAUGUUCA